CCCGCCGAUAGAGGAGGUCUUCCACUCACCUUCCGCCCCCACCCCGGCGACCGAUAAUCGCCGCGCUCACAAGUUUUCGCGAACCGGUGCCGCGAGUCCCCAGCUUUCGAACCCGCGCCGGUCGCUCUCGAGUCCCGCCGGAAACGACCCCCGAAAAAACCCCUCGGUUUCCGGUUUUAAACCCCUCGGUUUCCGGUUCCAAACCCCUCGGUUUCCGGUUUCAAACCCCUCGGUUUCCGGUUUCCAGCGUCACCGGCCCCCCGACCAUUUUCCCGACUUGCCAGUGCUUCAGUUUCCGCCCGCCGUGACGACCGGUUUCCGGUCCCGGGGAUCCGGUCCGCGCAGCGCCAUCUCGCGGUGCGUCCAGGCUAUUUCGAAAAUAGUUCGUAGAGUAAGUGAACGGAAUUUGACGGAAACAGCGAAAAACUUUGACCCCAGUGUGAACCUCGACUAUGAUCCAACCUUGAGGCUGAGCGUCCGAUUCUCUGGUGCCGGUUGAAAUUCGAAGUCGGUUAAUUUCGAUUUGUGAAGUGUGGUGCAGGUUUUGUAGUGUCCGGUAGAUAGAUCAGUUCUCCGAUUUCAAAAUCGCUUUUAAAAGACCUCCGUGCUGACGGUAGUUUUUCGGAAGUAUGAAACUUUCGGCGCCCAAAGCUCGCAGACUUAAAUACCGCUGGUGCGUUUGAUUCGGGAUCCUGCCGGGAAUUGAACCGAACCGGAAAUCGACUCCACGACCGGAAAUGAAGUUUUUCAAGGGCUCGAAAGUCUUCCGUCUGAGGUGAAGCCUCACAGCGCGACGUUUUAACCUUGAAACAGUGAGAAACUGUACGAAUUGUGUGAAAAUAAUUGAAUAAUGGGUUUGAAAACCGUUUUACUGUGCGAGCUCGUGGUGAUAUCCACCCUCACGGUUGGUCUGAUGGCGUUGACUGCGGGGUCUUCGCUCCACUGUUCCAUGCGACGGGAGAUCUCGCCGUGCACUUGUGCCCAUCUGGAACUGAACCCUGGCCUCAUCCAGGUGACCUGCGAGAAGAUCGAGUCCUUCGGCACGAUCGUUAACGCCCUGCAGGAUAAAUUCGACCCCGAGACGCAGAUCGUCCUGAAAAUCGCCUUCUCCGGAAUGAGGGAUUUCGGGGAUCGAGGCUUCGAGCAACUUGGAUUAACCAUCAUCAAUCUCAAAUUGAAUUAUAAUAACUUGAGCGAGUUUUCGGAGGACAGUUUCGCCGGGCUGAACCGGGUAGAGUCGCUGAGUUUGGCCGACAACGAGCUGACGGAGGUGCCCAGGCACGUGCUCCGACACAUGCCCCUCAUCAAAAUCCUGGACCUGUCUCGAGAUCACAUCCAAAACCUCACCUCCUACGACUUUAAGAGCUUACCAUUGCUGCAGUCAUUAAUUUUACAAUCAAAUAAUAUUUCGUACCUCGAAAACGGUUCGCUGCCGCCCACAUUGAGGUAUCUCCAUCUUGGUGCCAAUAGUUUAUCCAGUCUGAAUGGAGCACUUAGGGGCCUAACAGAUUUAGUCUGGCUGCUCUUGAGCGGAAAUGGACUUCAAAACAUUGACUAUGAAUUCCCGGACUAUCUGCCCAAAUUGAGUUUCCUCACGGUGACGCACAAUGCGCUGGAAAAACUCCCCGACUCUUUCAAGUUCGCUCCCUCUCUUGACAUGCUCUUGUUGCACCACAACCGAGUGACAAGUCUCAACGGGUCCUUGUCUCAAGCCCGAAUGUUGCGAGAGCUGGACAUUUCUCACAAUCUAAUUGAGAGCCUAUCGCCUCACGAUUUUUUAGAGCAAGAAAAUCUUGAGGAUCUUCAGAUCGGGUUCAACCAGCUGACAGCUCUGAAUGGCUCCUUGCUUCCAUUGAGAUCUUUGAGGUAUCUCAACUUGACACACAAUAGGCUAGAAGAAUUUUCAUUGCAGGACAUCCGAGGCUUGAAACAAUUGAGAAUCGUAGACUUGUCGCACAAUAAAAUUGUGCGUUUGGGUGGGAAAAUGGAGACUUUGGUGGACCUAGAAACACGAGUGUAUGAGCUGAAAUUGGAACACAAUGAAUUAGAAACCCUAGAUGGGUCAUUAUCUGGAAUCCAAGGUUUACAGCGUCUUAAUGUCAGCCACAAUAAGCUGAGCCGGAUCGCUGCAGGUGGUCUCAUGGGAUUAGAAAACUUGAGAAUGUUGGACAUAUCCCAUAAUAUGUUGACAACUCUGGAAGAAACAGCAAGGACAUUCCUACCUUCAUUGGAAGAAUUGAUUGCACACAAUAAUGCCUUGACACUACUGGAAAGAGACUUCCAUGGACUACCGGUGCUCUGUUGGGCUGAUCUAGGCCACAAUCAAAUUCACACCGUUCACUUGGAACUGAUUGAGAAAACACAAUGUAAACUGUACGGUGUGAACAGCACUUUGAAAAUCUAUUUACACGGCAACCCAGUUCUCUGCAACGAAGAAAUGAAGAGAGUUUUCUCAGCAAUGGAAACGAAGAACAAGUCAAAAAUCCACGGAUUUGAAGCAACAGACUGCUCAACAAUGAAAACAACAGUUGCUACGACACCCAUGAUAACAACGCCUUCAACAUUGGAGACGACUACUCAAACAACGACAACAGCCACAACGACAAUAAGUACAACAACAGAGCUACCGCUUGCCACAAGCACAGUCAUCACGACAGAGACAGAAAGCACGACUAGCGAGCCAAGCACCACCAGUACGACAAGUAUUCCUAGUACAACAACCACCACUCAGCCCACCACUGUCCAGACCUCUCAAGCUUCUCCAGUGAUUUUCUCAUAUACUGAAACGAUUCGCCCAAUGUACAACUAUAUCGAAGAUACAACAACAGAAAGUGCAAUCAAAACCCUCGAUUCGGAUGAAGAAAAAGUCGCUGUGACGCAGCGGGAGGAAACAACGCUGUCACCAGUCUCCUCAACAAUAACUUAUGAAGUUGUUCAGCCUGUCGUCGUUAUUGCUGCACCCUUAGACCAAGUUGUGAAUGCCGUAAAUUCUGCUGAAGUGAAUCAAACCGUCGUAGAUCCCGUUUCCAUAACAGUAUCUGUAGCUUAAACCCCCACUACUAGUCCUUGUUUUAAAUUAUAAUCUAAUAGGUUUUAAUAUCCCCCCUGUACAUUUUAUCUUUUCUUUUUUUUUGUUUUUAAUUAUAAUAAAAAUCCUGUUUUUUUAAAAAA